CACAACAACCAUCGAAUCUACAUUUUUCAAUUGACCCCAAUUACAAUUUCAUACGCCAACAAUCACAUUAGAAACAUGUGGUUCUGGUUCUUCUUAUAUCUCCCAAAAGGUCUUUGAGUAUCUACGAAUCUUUUUACCCUUGAAUUCGGAGGAUUCUUCCCCCGUCAGCCGAUUCGUACCAACUAGGCAAUGACAACGGCCUCAGCAACCCCGCAGCAGAUGAGAGACCGGCUGCUGCAGGCCAUCGAUAGCCAGAGCAAUAUCUGUAACAUGGUUGCAGUACUUGAUGUUAUUGCCAAUUUGGAGAAAUACCCAAUCACCAAAGAAGCACUUGAGGAAACUCGUCUAGGAAAGCUGAUCAACGAUGUGAGGAAGAAGACAAAGGAUGAGGACCUUGCCAAACGUGCCAAGAAACUCCUUCGCAAUUGGCAGAAGCUGAUCGAGCCCGGUCAGCCCGAGACUCCAUCACGAGGAGCAGCAAAUGUCCCUGGGUCUGCCAACGGCGGGGGUCACCCCUGUAGAACAGACACGCCUCCAGCUGUCCCUCCAUCAGGCAAGACCACGCCAGAGCUCAAAACCAGAAAUGACAUCCAUAACACUUACUCGCCCAAAGCAGAAAAAUCAGCCAAUCGAAAACGUAGAGGGGAACAAAGGGACAGUAUGCAUCUGCCGGCCAAAGUGUCCAAAGUGUCUACGUAUGAGCAGAUGCAUACUUCUACCCCGCCAUCAAAUGGAAUUAGGGGCAGUCCCGAACCCUUUCCAGAGAAAGAGGACGACGCACCUUCCGACAGGGGUCGUGUGGAGCACCUUGAGAACGACCGACACAGCAAAAUCCCGGUCAAUGCCGUUAAGCCUCACCCUAGUUCCCCUGGGCUUACUAAACUACCUAGCACUUCCUCCUUACUGAAAACAGCAGUGUUACAGCAGCAUGCAAGAAUGGAUGGAGGUGGAGGUGGAGGAGGAGGAGGCGGAGGAGGAGGGCAGUAUCAGCCCAAAAGCCCCCGAUUCGCCUCCUUAAGUCCACGCAGUAUAACGCAAGAGACAGUGGCUAAGAGGUCUUCGACAUAUGCACCAAAAGGGACUCUUUCGAGCCCAUCUCGGAACUCUGCCCAAGUGCCCUCUCCUUUGUCACACCCUUUAACGUCCCCGGCCCAGGCGUCUCACGUCGAUGGUCCCUCUCCUUUUGGACUGGAGACUUCACCGCACUUGCACAGAUCAACAGAGAGAGCUUCACAACCUCCACACAGCACUGCAAAACAUGAACCUCUGUCUGGUUCCCCGUUGCCUUCUCACCUUACCAGGCACAAUUUAGAGGGCACGGAACUGCAUGGGCACAAUCUCCCCUCUGAUAUGCUCAAAGGUGAACGCGAAGGUGCGACCUCUGGUUCUGAGGGCAAAAAGAGAAAGAAAUACAGGUCCAGAGACUACACAGUUAAUCUUCAGGGGCAAUCCUCAGAGGAUAGGACAAAGCCUGUGCGCUUAAAAGAGCGUAGGUUAACGUUUGACCCCGUGACAGGACAGAUCAAGCCUCUAACUCCUAAAGAGUCUCAACAAGAGGAAGAAUGCCAAGGACCGUCGCCACCUUCCGAACCUGUAAGGACUGACUUGCCUCAGCAGAAACCAACUUCAUCUGUUCCCAACCCCUUCCAACAGACAAACUGGAAAGAGUUAUCCAGAAAUGAAAUUAUUCAAUCUUACCUUAAUCUCCAGAGUAAUGUUCUUACAUCCUCUGGUGCUCAAACCCACGGGGCACACUUUUUUAUGACUGAAUAUCUGAAACGUGAGGAAAAUGUCGUCAGAGAAUCCCGAAAGACACACGUUUUAGUACCGAGCCAAUCUGACACAGAUCUACCAGGGGUAACUCGAGAAAUAACAGAUGAGGACCUACAGAGAAUACACAAUGAGCACUGGCCAGGGGUAAAUGGUUGUUAUGACACCAAGGACAACUGGUAUGAUUGGACAGAAUGCAUAUCCUUGGAUCCUCAUGGGGAUGAAAGCAAAUUGAACAUCCUGCCAUAUGUCUGCCUAGACUGAGAAAAACAGGGCUCUUGAACAUUUAAGGAGAAUAACUUUUCAUUGUAGCCACUGUGAGUUGGAAGAGAUAGUACUGCUUGUCUCCCUCCUAGUCUCUAUUUGCUAAGUUUAUCUUAAUGGUUGAAUGAAAAACCCAGGGGCUGUUCAGUUUUCCAUAGAAGUUGUUGAAAUUAUGCCCUAUUUGCAAUGUGCUGCUACCAACAAGGAAUUGCAAUUUGGGGUUUUAAGUAAUGGUUCACUGGGAUUUUCCAGGCCAGUUAUUGCACAGUGUGUGUUUGCGAAGGGUCGGAAAACGCAUUGACCAGUAUAGUUAAGGCUGGAAUGCAAGUCAAGAACUUGUUUGGCAGUUACACAAAGCUUUAUGUGACUUAAAGAAUAAAUUAUAGAAGUUU